AAGAGCAACAGUCAAUCAAGUGGCAGGGCAACAGGGCAAAAAAGCACGCGCCAGCCACGCAAUCAUGAUUUGUGUUCAAUCCAUCAUCUUCAACAUCCUCAUCCACUGAGAAAAAGGUUGACACAAUUGACAGAUCACAUCGAUACACCCGCUCAGCUCUUGUUUAUACUAAAUCGUGGAGGAAGAAGAGCUCGAUCGACUUCAAUACGUCACUCAACAAGUCUGUACUCGAGCAAAGAGGACACCAAUCGUUGUUGCAGCAUAUUGCGCUCUGAUCUGAGCCUUACAAAGUAUAAGGCUGGGAAGAUCACUGCCAAGAAAACAUCGGAAAUUAUACUAAAUCCAAUCUAUCAAUUUCCUGCUCUUGAGAUUCGUCAUUGACAUCAUGGAUGGCAUUUUGGAUUUCAACCAAGACCUGGACAUCGGUCUCUUGGAUCGUGUUGUGACUGCUAUGUUCACAGGCGUCGGUCCUGAUCAAAAGGCAGCAGCUCAAGUAUUACCACAAUUUCAAGAGCAUCCGGAUGCAUGGCAACGCGUACCUGCAAUCUUGCAACAAUCCAGUAAUUCUCAAACAAAAUUCUUGGCUUUGAAAAUUUUGGACAAUCUCAUUGCUACACGCUGGAAGGUUUUACCACAAGAUCAACAACAAGGCAUUCGCAAUUUCAUCGUUGAAACGAUCAUCAGUCAAUCUAGCGAUGAGACAUUGUUGCGCACAGAGAAGACAUAUCUGGCCAAAUUGGAUAUGACGUUAAUUCAAAUCUUGAAGCAAGAAUGGCCACAUAGAUGGCCUUCCUUCAUUCCCGAUAUCGUAUCUUCUUCAAGAACCUCAUUGUCGAUCUGUGAGAAUAACAUGCACAUCCUUCGAUUGCUCUCAGAAGAAAUCUUCGAUUAUUCUGCUGAGCAAAUGACCCAAGUCAAAACGAAGAACCUCAAAAAUCAAAUGUGUGGCGAAUUCUCCGAGGUUUUCCAAUUAUGCAGUGAAGUAUUGGAAAAGGCAAACAAGCCAAGCUUAAUCAAAGCUACUCUUGAGACGAUGUUGAAAUUCCUCAACUGGAUUCCUUUGGGUUACAUCUUCGAGACGAACGUCAUUGACAACUUGAUCGGACGAUUCCUCGAAGUACCUGAAUUCCGAAACGUGACGUUGAAAUGCUUGUCAGAAAUUGCAGGCUUGCAAGUCGUGCCAGAGUAUGAUGCAAAGUUCGUUGUACUAUUCAACAUGGUCAUGACAGCUGUCAAUCGUAUGGUGCCUCCAAGCACAAAUAUUGCACAGGCAUAUGAAACAUCUUCAGAUUCCGAUCAAGAAUUGGUACUCAAUUUGGCUCUUUUCCUUUGCAACUUCCUAAACACGCAUCUACGGCUCAUCGAAACACCAGAAAGCAAAGAUCUUCUGCUCAAUGCACAUCUAUACUUGAUCAAAGUCUCACAAGUACCAGAGAGGGAGGUCUUUAAGAUCUGUUUGGAAUAUUGGAGCAAGCUCGUGAGCGAGCUGUACGAGGAAAUUCAAACACUACCAAUAUCCGAGAUGAAUCCUCUUCUGGGUCUCAAUCUAUCCAGCGGUGCACAUGCAAAUCACAAUGGCGUCAAUUUGCGCAAGAACAUCUACUCAGAGAUUUUGAGCAAUCUGCGUCUUGUGAUGAUUGAAAGAAUGGUGAAACCAGAAGAAGUCUUAAUUGUGGAGAAUGACGAAGGAGAAAUCGUACGUGAAUUCAUGAAGGAAAGCGACACGAUUGUAUUAUACAAAUCAAUGAGGGAGGUACUGGUCUACCUCACCCAUUUGGAUGUCAUCGAUACGGAAACGAUCAUGACAGAAAAGUUGGCCAAACAAGUGGACGGAUCUGAAUGGAGUUGGGCCAACCUAAACACGCUUUGCUGGGCAAUCGGAAGUAUAUCCGGUGCGAUGAAUGAAGAGCAGGAAAAAAGAUUCUUGGUCACUGUAAUCAAGGAUCUCCUAGGGCUUUGUGAAAUGAAGAGAGGAAAAGACAACAAAGCUGUGGUUGCGUCAAAUAUCAUGUACAUCGUUGGACAAUAUCCUCGUUUCCUGAAAGCGCAUUGGAAAUUCCUCAAGACUGUGGUGAACAAAAACUUCGAAUUCAUGCACGAGACACACGAAGGUGUUCAAGAUAUGGCAUGUGAUACAUUUAUCAAAAUUGCACAAAAGUGCAGAAGACAUUUCGUCAUGCAACAAUCGGGAGAGACUGAGCCUUUCAUUGAUGAAAUCUUGCGCACAUUACCAAAGAUCACGAUCGAUCUAUCACCGCAUCAAGUUCACACAUUCUACGAAGCGGUUGGAUAUAUGAUUGCAGCUCAGCCUAAUCGUCCUAUACAAGAGCGCUUGAUUGCCAAAAUGAUGGAAUUGCCCAACAAUGCUUGGGAUUCUUUGAUGUCUCAGGCACAUAGCGAUGUUGAUGUGCUAAGCAGUUCAGAGAACAUCAAGAUCUUAUCAAAUGUGUUGAAGACAAACGUAUCAGCAUGCACGUCUAUCGGUACUUUCUUCUUACCACAAAUCACACGCAACUACCUCGAUAUGCUUGCAUUGUAUCGCAGUGUCAGUGGACUGAUUAGUGCAAAGGUUGAAUCUGAUGGUUUGAUUGCGACAAAGACACCACUCGUUCGUGGUCUUCGUACGAUCAAGAAGGAUAUCUUACGUUUGGUCGAGACAUACGUGAAGCGAGCAGACGAUUUGGAAGGUGUGAACAAUAAUUUGAUCCCUUCAUUAUUGGAUGCAAUCUUGGGAGACUAUCAUAACAAUGUGGCACCUGCUCGUGAUGCUGAAGUGUUGAUGGUAAUGGCCACAAUUACUACCCGUCUCGGAUCGUUAUUAGCCGAUAAGGUAUCGCCUAUUAUGGAUGCUGUAUUCCAACCUACCCUUUCAAUGAUUUCAGCAGACUUUGCUGAAUUCCCUGAACAUCGUGUGGGCUUCUUCAAAUUGUUACGCGCAAUCAUCGUUCAUUGCUUCAAUGCAAUUCUGUCCCUUCCACCGGAAAAGUUCAAAUUGUGCAUUGAUGCUGGUGUCUGGGCUAUCAAGCAUACAAUGCGUGAUAUUGCCGAUACAGGUUUGCAAAUCAUGUUGGAAUUGAUCAGCAAUAUUUCCGAACAAGAUGCCAGUGUUGCCAAUGCAUUCUAUCAGCAAUAUCUUCUCAGCAUCAUUCAAGAUACAUUCUACGUCUUGUGUGAGCCAGAUCAUAAGGCAGGCUUCAAGACUCAAUGUGCAGUUUUGGCAAAGAUUUACGAAUUGAUCGAGACAGGUCGUGUUCAAGUACCUCUUGGACCUGAUGGAAAUCCUGACAAUCGCGCAUUCAUUCGUCAAUAUACGUCCAACUUGUUGCGAAACGCAUUCCCACAAAUGCAAGCUUCUUAUGUUGACGACUUUGUCAAUGGACUGUGCCAACUCUCUUCAGAUUUGUCGAAAUACAAGUUGCACUUACGUGAUUUCCUGAUCGCAAGUCGCGAAGCUGGCGGAACUGCAACGGAAGAUAAUAAUGCAGACUUGUUCUUGGAAGAUAAAGAAAGUGAGAGGGCUGCACAAGCGGCAAAAGAGAAAGAACAAGCUGCAAAGAUUCCUGGUAUGCUCAAACCUGCCGAAAUGAAAGAUGAAGAUGAAGAACUUUGACUCGAUAUUUGGUCGGAUCUGCUCAAUUGAUCAAAUGUGCUGGGUCAAAGCGAAAAAGAAUGUCGAAACCUGACUUAUGAUAUCUUUAACUGUAAAUUUUUUGUUGUCUAGCGAAGAAAAUGUCUCGAUUCCCCCCUUCCUCAAACCCCCAAAUUUAUUCCCCU